GUCCGGUUUUUCUUUUUUCACUAUCGAGAGCGCCUGCUUUUGUGUUGCUUGCGGCGCUGCCUUCUCUUGCCCUCCAUCUCCCGUCUGCUCUCGCAUCAGGAAUUCGACAACGAUGGCUGCUGUUCGUGCCUCUGCCCAACGCAUCGACUGGACCUCGCUGAGCGCCAAGCUCAAGCCCGAGACCGUCGCCUCCCUCAACGGCUUCCGAAGACGGCACGCUGAGCUGACCAAGGUCGUUCAGGAGCUCAAGGAGUCCAAGGGCGCCAUCGACUUUGCCCACUACCAGAAGGUCCUGAAGAACCAGAAGGUCGUCUCCGAUGCCCAGUCUGCCUUCAACUCCUUCAAGCCCGCUUCGUAUGACCUGAAGGAGCAGCUCCGCAUCAUCGACCAGGAAGAGGCCAAGGCUGUUGCCGAUGCCCAGAAGACUGCUGCCAAGAUCAACGCCGAGCUUGUUGAGCUCAAGCAGCUCCUCACCCACAUCGAGACCGCCAGACCCGUCGACCAGCUCACUGUUGAUGAUGUCGCCCAGGCCUUGCCCGAGCUCGACCAGACCGUCGCCAAGAUGGUCAAGCGUGGACAGUGGACCAUCCCUGGCUACUACGAGCGCUACGGAGAGUUCGUCGUCGGCCUCUAAAUGCACCACCAGAAGCCGUUGCGAAAGCGUGUCUUUCAUCGCGUGCCGGAGCCCAUACCGCCAAUACACUCAUGUAUUUUUGUCGUGACUCGCGAACCGUCUCGUGGACUGGCCCGAGGAGAGCUCUCGGAUCCCGAGUGCGAUCUCUUUGUCAUAAUGGAAUGCCCUCUAAUACACCCCCACAUACAUUGGGAUGCCCCGAUCGCCGA